GAUUCCUUGCUUCCAGUUCCUUGCUUGGAAGAAAGAGGCAACUCCUCCCUCUCUCUCGCUCUCUCUCUCGCUCGCUCGCUCGCUCGCACGCACAGCAGUAUUCAUAAGCAUCUCGACUUUGAACUUCUUUUUGUGGUUCUCAAGUUGUAACAACAGCAAGCCUUCAAGAUUUGCUAAUGAAGAUCUGUGCUAUGUUUCAUUUUCUUCCUGCUUUUCUUCUUUUAUCGAGCCUUUCAGCGCUUACAAAGGCAAACAUAGAAGGGGACGCUCUGUACGCAUUGAGGAGAGCUGUGAAGGAUCCAAAUGGUGUUCUGGCGAGCUGGGAUCCGACCUUAGUGGAUCCCUGCACUUGGUUCCACGUUACUUGCGACGGUGAUAAUCGGGUUACCCGACUUGACCUCGGAAAUGCGAAGCUGUCGGGCAACCUGGUUCCAGAGUUGGGGAAGCUUGAGCGUCUUCAGUAUCUGGAAUUGUACAUGAACAACUUGGUGGGUUCCAUACCAGAGGAACUUGGAGGACUGAAGAGCCUUGUUAGCUUGGAUCUUUAUCACAAUAACCUCACUGGGUGCAUCCCUGCCUCCCUCUCUAAGCUCUCCAAUCUCAAAUUCCUGCGAUUGAACAGCAAUAAUCUGACUGGGAGAAUACCGAGGGAACUCACUAAACUUGGAAACCUCAAGAUCCUUGACGUGUCUCACAAUGAUUUGUGUGGUACAUUCCCAACCUCGGGUUCGUUUUCUAAGUUCUCGGAGGAAAGUUUCAAGAACAAUCCAAGACUUGAAGGACCAGAACUGAUGGGAUUUGUGAGAUACGAUGUGGGAGGAAGCUGCUAACGAGUCAAGAGAGAAAUAAUGCAUUUGCUAAAUUGCUAAUUCCUUUUGUCUAAUGUCUCUUUAUAACGAAGAGCUCUAGAUCUUCUUAUGUUUCACUUAUAUAUAUAUGUAUAAUAGUACUACUGAUAUUCAACUUCAAGCUUCCACAACUAUCCAUUUUUCCAAUUUGACGAUGUAAAUCAGCACAUGUUCUAGUAGUAAUUCUACUCCCUUCUUGGUGCUAUAGA